UCAAGUCCUAUCCUUUCUCAAACGUCACGAAGCCACAAGUUUAAUUCGGCAACAAUACAAACAAAUUCAUAAAAUAAAAAAUAAUGCACGAUAAAGAUAAAACGUCUUCAGAGACACUCAUCCCAGUAACCAACCCUUCUCAGAUUCAUGAACCCAAAACUAAUUUGAACAAAAAGUUGUACCACGUUAGCAUGUAACAAAGAAAGAAAGAUGUUGGUGGUCGAAUCGAGUGGUUCGAACGUGGAUAUCCCCGAGGAGUUGCUAAAAGUUCUACCGUCUGAUCCUUACGAGCAACUCGAUGUGGCGCGCAAGAUCACCUCCGUUGCGCUGUCGACACGUGUCAACGCGCUCCAAUCAGAGUCGUCGGCUCUACGCGCCGAGCUCACCGAUAGGGACAGGCUCAUCGCGGAGCUUCAGGCUCAGCUGGAGUCCGUCGACGCCGCUCUCUCCGAAGCCGCCGAUAAGCUAGCUCGAGCCGACCAAGACAAGGAGAGUUUGGUGAAGGAGAAUGCCAUGCUUUCCAACACAGUGAGAAAACUCACCAGAGAUGUCUCCAAGUUGGAGGCUUUCAGAAGGACGCUCAUGAAAUCAAUCCGCGAGGAUGAAGAUAAUUCCGCACAGCCGGACCUUGCGACCAAGUUACAGAGUCAAGGAAGUAUCACUUCCACGUCGCAACUUGGAGAUGAAGAUGCUUCAACUCUUUCUUCAAGAUCUUCUUCAAUGCGAAUGAACACGUCUGAUACGGGAAAUUAUUUUGCAGAGGAUGGUGAAUCUGAUGCAGGGUCAAGAUCUCGAGCAUCACAUAAUCUUCUCUUAGCAUCUCAAACUAGCACUCCUCGUAUUACUCCCCCAGGUUCCCCUCCUAGCAUGUCUGCGUUUGUAUCCCCACAAAGAACAUCUAAGCCUGUGUCUCCAAGGCGCCAUGCAGUUUCCUUUUCAACCUCAAGGGGAAUGCAAGAUUCUUCAGCUUCACAAACGGGACGAAAAAGGGUGGAUGGAAAAGAGUUUUUUCGCCAAGUCAGGGGUCGUUUGUCUUAUGAGCAGUUUGGUGCAUUUUUAGCCAAUGUUAAGGAACUGAAUUCUCAUAAACAAUCCAAAGAGGAAACACUGCAGAAAGCUAAUGAGAUAUUUGGGCCUGAAAACAAGGACCUCUAUACUAUAUUUGAGGGAUUGAUAACGCGCAAUGUCCAUUAAGCAUUGCAUUAUCUCUGCCUUGCGAAAAAUUUAUUACUCAAGUUUUGUUCCUAGUUUGUAACAACUGAUAUUUCUUCUACUUUAGCAGCUUUUCCUCAUUGUAAUUACGUAGUACUUAAUGCUUUUAUAAAGUUUUCUCUGAAUCCCCUA